AUGCUGUUCUUCACCCGCCAGCUCCUUGCGGAGGUGACGACGAUCAACAGCAGUACCGCAUCGGCCAGCGGUCGUCUCAUUCGUAUUCGCAAAAAAUCCAAGUGGAUCGAUCGGCGCAGUAAACGUAUUCCUCACAACGGGAAGGACGUCUGGCUUUUUGGCGAGCAGCCGAGCUGUGCGCUCUGUCACGUGCGGUUCCGCUACAAGCAGGACUACGAGGCACACAAGGAGAGUGAACUGCAUCGAAAUCGUGUGCGAUGGGUGGAGACAAUGAAUUGGUGGGAGGAAUUUGGCGAGCCGCGGUACCUGCAGCACGCCGCGGCCGAAUGGGACUGGUUUGAACAGCACGUGCUCCCAAAGAAGGCGGCUGCCAUGGGAAUUUCUCUCGAGGAGGCGGCACGACACUUUCGCCGUGCGACGAUGCAGGAAACCCCGGAUUGGCACGGCCGUUUGCAGCCGCCCAGCGCACGAUCGGAGAUCAAAGAGCCACGGGAUCAGCGUUGGCCGUCGUCACCAAAAUGGUAG